UUUCCAUAAACACCACAUAGAAACACGGGAAGAAGCUCAUCAGAAAGGAGAGAAGAGAGAGUGUGACAGAGGAAAGGAGAAAAAAAGAGUACAGCUAAGAGAGAGGAAAGUAUUUUCUUUUUCCUAAGCAAAAAAUAAAGUGUGGAGAGAAGACAAGGGGGUUACAGAGAAGAAGAGAAGAAAUUGCUUGGUGGCCUUAGGAAGACAUCAAUUUUUGGACUCACAUACACCCCUGUUCUGUAUUUACAGCAUACAGAAUAAAACAGCAGUUAGAUCUGCAUCGCACCUAAAGACUCAGCUUGCCACAACCUACUAGACUGAAGGUACCGACACAAAAGGUUUCCAAAAUGAAGUUCCUUGCUAUUAUUAUUUUGGUCUCCCUCUGUGAUGUCUCAUUUUCACAAUAUUAUGAAUAUGAUUCCCAUUGGUGGAUUGCCUAUUUGCACAGUCAGCAGUACAGCAGUCCACAGUAUAGCUAUGGUCCCUCUUAUGAUUAUGAGGGUCCAGAUCCUCCAAGACCAUUUGUCAGUGACUGUCCUCAGGAGUGUGAGUGCCCCCCAAGUUUUCCAACUGCUAUGUACUGUGAUGGACGCAAUCUGAAAUAUUUACCUUAUGUUCCAUCUCGUGUUAAAUAUGCCUAUUUCCAGAACAACCAGAUAACUGCUAUUCCAGAUGGUGCUUUUGACAAUGCCACUGGACUAGUGUGGUUGGCUCUGCAUGGGAACCAGAUUUUAAGUGAUAAAGUUGGCAGAAAGAUUUUCUCUAAGCUUCGAGGGUUGGAGAGACUUUAUAUGCAAAACAAUAAUUUGACCCGCAUUCCUAGUGGCCUGCCUCGCUCACUUCGUGAACUACACCUGUCCGCUAAUCAGAUAAACAGAGUUCCCACAAAUGCCUUGGAAGGGUUGGAAAAUUUAACCGCUCUGUAUCUUCACGAAAACCAGAUUCAAGAAGUGGGGCACUCACUUAGAGGUCUUAAGUCUUUGGUGCACUUGGACCUUAGCAACAAUCAACUCCGCAGACUACCGGACUCCCUUCCAGAUUCUAUUGAGCAGAUAUAUUUAGAGUACAAUCAACUGAGCUCUGUGCCAAGCGAUUACUUCAAAGCCUAUCCAAAGCUACAGUAUGUUAGAAUCUCACACAACAGACUCACCAGUGAUGGGUUGUCCGGAACUACAUUCAACACCAGCAGUUUUGUGGAGCUAGACCUAUCUUAUAACCAACUUCAUCGUAUACCACCAGUUAGCACUAGCUUGCAGCAUCUUUACUUGCAAGGAAAUCAGAUCGCAGAAUUUACAGUAAAAAGUUUCUGCACACAUGUGGACAUCACCUCCUUCUCUCAACUUCAAAUUUUACGCUUGGAUGGUAAUGAGAUCCAAAGUAAUAGUAUCCCACCAGACACUCCCUUAUGCCUGCGAAAUGCUGACAUUAUCAAUAUGUAACCAGCAAAGAGAACAUAUGCCAUAAAUGCUUUAUUCUUCUUUAUUCCUAUCUGCUCACAAGUCUCUCACAACUGGAAGUAAGGUGUGAAAUCUUGCAGCAAAGAGAAGCAUUUUGUUGCCUGCAGAAGUUACAGUUUGAAGACCCCUCUAAAAAUGUGUAAAACUAAUAAUGCAUCAUUAAUGAGUGACCAGAGGUUUUGCUUAGACUACUCUGAUGAUACUGUCAAAAAGUAAAUCCCACCCAUCACCUGAUAUUAACUCCUAUUACUACAAUAAGGUUCACAUCCAUCUAAAAAUUAACUGCAUUGCACAUAUCAUGAAACUGCAAAACAGUGUGUGAACAGGGCACCCAUUAGUUAAAUUUGUUUAACUUUUUGUUUUAUUUGCUACAUGUCCCAUGAUAGAAUAUUAGGGUAUAACACUUUAAGCCGCACACCAUGAAGUUACCGUAUUUUUCGUCCUAUAGGACGCAUCGGCAUAUAAGACGCACCCAAUUUUUAGGGGCAAAAUCUAAAAAAAUUAAGAUUUUGAACCCAAUAGUG